AUGGACUGGGUAGAGUUCGAUACACAAUCUGGCGCUGGAUUCAUGACAAGGGAUGGCGUGCCAAUCUAUCAGCAGAUCCGCAAAGAUGUGCCGAUAAUCGCGGGCACUACAGACGUAGAUGAGGCCGCCGAGAAUGCCGGCGGUCUUUCCAACAUAAACCGACUGCUAUUCCAGUAUGACGACGAGAUUUUCGAACAUGAUGGCAUGACGGACGAAGAAGACGCCGAUGGACCAGCUGAGGGCACCGAUCCGGCAACUAUUGGCAGUUACGCUGGAAAGCUGCUGAAGUUGCGACCCGAUUCCGCCAGCAUUUGCAACACCAUGAGAGAUCGACGGGACUACAUGCCUAGCCACAUCGACAGAAUCAGACGUUUCGUCCAGCGGAACCACCAGCACAGCGGCACCAUGACCAUGGAUGACGGUAAAGAGCGGAAGAACUGCACAGGGCAGUAUGGGCCUGCCUGGGAUUGUCUGCACGUCUCACCCAAACACGAGAGGCAGGCAGGCAUGCUGAGGACAGUGGGCUACGAAGACCUGCCCGAAGUGCACAAGCCCACGCUGGAAAAGCGCGCCUUGUGA